UGAUUGAAAAAAUAUGGUGUUAUCGUAGUUUUCGUGGCUGUCGGUGCCCCGGUACUGGUGUAGUGGUGUACAGCAGUAAUAGUAAUAGUAAAUUAUUAUCCAUAUUCAAUAUUCAUUAUUCAUUAAUAAUAUGAAUUUGACGUGUGGUAGACAGUACUAGACACUAGAUGUAGACCGUAGUGCGUUACUCAAAUUAGUCGAACUCGCUAAUUGGUUAGUUGGUUGUUGGUAACGAAGAUUUCAGUAUUAAUUGUAUGUUUUUCAAUGUUUGGAAUUAAAUCAACUGUUCUAGUCGAACUUACAACCCCCUAUUCUGAACUACUCAGUCACUAUAACUAAAUUAUAAUGGCUAUGCUUCCACCUCGAAAAACGAAGACCGUCUCAACUGAAAAAAGUUGUAAACAUUCAAUGACGCCCCUUCAAACCCUUUUACAAAUGGGGUUUCCCCAAAAUCGAACAGAAAAAGCAUUAGCAGCCACUGGUAAUCGAGGAGUUCAGUUAGCUGCCGAUUGGCUCUUGGCUCAUGUCAAUGAUACUUCUUUAGAUUCUAGCACUAGCAGAGAGUAUAUCAUUUAUGCCUGUCCAACUGGAUCACUUAUGUAUGAACUAAGAGAAUUUUGGAAUAAAUCAGCUACUAAGUGUGGACGUAAUGGAGCUCAUAAUUUUUUGCCACAUAUUACUCUAGUAUCAUUUUUUUUGGUCCCUGAUGAAUAUGCUAAUACAUUGGUAUCUAUACUAAAAAAUGUUUUAGAUGAAGUUAUUAAAGAAAUGACCGUCAAUGACUUUCAUUUAGAAACUUACACUUCAUCAAAUUUUAUGGGUUUUUUUUUAUCAGAUCAAGGAUCAAACUUCUUAAAAAAAAUUGCAGUACUAUAUGCAGAAAGAAUCACAGAUCUUGUUGGAGUUCAAGUAGAUCCUCAUUUAAAAUCUUUACAUUUAACUUUGGCAUAUCAAUUUGAUGUAACCCAAAAAGAAACUUUAAAGUCGUUAAUUGAAUCCACAAUAAAUCCGUCAACUCCAUGUUUAUGGGAACUAAAGUUAUAUUCAAGAGAACCAAUAGCUGCUAACAAACAGGUAUAUAAAGUUGUGUAUGCUCAUGUCCCACAAGCUGCUGAUGAACUAGAACUAAGAAUAGGUGAUUAUAUAUACGUGUCUAAAGAAAGCAUAGAUAAUUCGGUUGAUGGUUGGGCUGAAGGGAUGUCAUGGUUAACUGGAUGUUAUGGUUACUUUCCGCUAUGCUACACUGAACGUGCUGCUGAAUCUGAUACAUGGACUCUACAUUGUUCAUUACCCUUAGAUGGUAGUUAUCAUGAAUCUAAUGAAGUUAAUGAUACAAAUAUGACUGAAGAAAAACUAGUUGAAAAAUAUGGUGUUAGUUUUGUUCCAGCUGAUUACACACCUCAUUCAGAAUCUCCAAUAGGUCCUAAAUCUCAAAAAAUAUAUAUUUGUCGGCAUGGAGAAAGAGUAGAUUUCACUUUUGGAACAUGGAUACCUUAUAGUUUUGAUUCUGAUGGGAAAUAUGUCAGAAAAGAUUUAAACAUGCCACCAAAUAUACCACAACGACGUGAUUUUCCAAACUCUUACCAAACCGAUACACCUCUUACUUGUGUUGGUGAAUAUCAAGCCAAAUUAACUGGAUGGGGUAUGAAAGCUGCUCACUCUACUAAAUCCAUUCAACAUGUUUUUUGUUCACCUUCAUUACGCUGUAUUCAAACUUGCCAUAAUAUCUUAGUUGGCCUUGAUAUUGAUAAACAAAUACCUAUUUGUAUUGAACCCGGUAUAUUUGAGUGGCUUGGUUGGUAUAAUCAGUCUGGACUACCUGAUUGGAUGAGUAUUGAAGAGUUAAUAACUGCUGGUUUUAACAUUGAUUCCAAAUAUGAAGCUUUAGUAUCACUACCAUUUCUAAUUGAAAAUAUGGCAGAAACAGUUGAACAGUACUAUAUUAGAUGUGAUGAAGUAAUACAGAAUUUAAUCAAAUUAACUGAACCUAAAGGUGGUGAUAUCUUACUGGUAGGUCAUGCUUGUUCAUUGGAUUCUUUAUCAAGAUCAUUACUUCAUAAAUCUCCGCGUACUAAACAAAAUUUUGUAAAAAUGGUUAAAGAUAUCCCUUAUUGUGGCUUAGUAACUUUAAUGACUGAUGGAAUCAAUGAUUGGACAUUUGUGGAUCCACCAGUUCCACCAUUAACUAAUUCUAUUAAUAAAAGAUUUAAUUGGAAAGUUUUAACCACAGACAUUGAUGUCUCCCCGAAUCAAUAAUAUUUUAAAUCUAGCAAUAACAUGACUAAAAUUAUCUUAGAUAAAACUAAAUAAAUGUAUUUCAAAUAUGCACUUAUCCUAACACAAAUAUGUUUAUUUUUAAUUAUACAG